AUGCCGUCCAAAGAUCCCAUCGACGUCCCCUCCUUUGCAAGCACUCAGCUCGCCCUCUUGGACAAAGAGCUCCAAAGCGAGGUUGACGAAACCAGCCAGCUCAUUUCAAACCACAGCCCUACCGGUCUACAACGAGCUGGACUGGCCAUAACCAACCUAGUAGUGAGCUCCCAGCGAACAGGACUGGGUGGAAAGACUGUUCUUGAACUGAGCCCCGACACUGCUACCUCCUCGACGGGAGAACUGCCGGAGCAUGGAAUUCGGACAGGCGACAUAGUCCUCGUGGCUGAGCAGCCCGCCGGCAGUGCGAAGAGGAGAGAAGUCAAAGAGUUGGAGAAGAAAGGCUCCAGAGGAGUAGUGACCAAGGUGCAGAGGGGGUUUGUCAAUGUUGCUCUGGACGAAGGCAAGGAUGAGGUGUCGUUUCCUGGGCGGGCUUGGUUGGUAAAGUUGGCAGAUGAGGUGACAUACAGACGGAUGAAUCAAACUAUGGAAAAGUUGCAAAAGAUGGGCGAGGCAGAGUACUCGAGCUUUAUAAGAGUUCUGUUUGGGCUUUCUAGCCCGUCGCCUCUGCCUCAAGAUUUGGCAAAGGACUCUGAGGUCGGCAACAUUGAAUGGAUAGAUCCCACGUUGAACGAUUCACAAAAGGAUGCCAUUAGAUUUGCAUUGGCUUCGAGAGAAAUUGCUCUGAUUCACGGACCGCCGGGGACUGGCAAAACACACACUUUGAUAGAGCUCAUUCUGCAAAUGAUCAAACGAAACCAAAGAAUCUUGGUCUGCGGCCCAUCCAAUAUCUCCGUCGACAAUAUUGUCGAACGACUUGCACCCCACAAAGUUCCCAUCCUCCGGCUCGGCCAUCCAGCGCGCCUCCUUCCAUCCGUCCUAAACCACUCCCUGGAUGUCUUGACAAACACCUCAGAAGCAGGGGCAAUAGUAAAAGACGUCAGAGCCGAAAUGGACUCAAAACAAGCAUCUAUCAAGAAGACCAAGAGCGGAAAGGAACGACGAGCAAUCUACGCUGACCUCAAGGAGUUGCGAAAGGAGUACCGUGAGCGAGAACGCAAAUGCGUAAGUAACCUCGUCAGCGGCAGCAAAGUUGUACUGGCAACGCUUCACGGCGCAGGUGGAUUUCAACUACGCAACGAGGAAUUUGACGUCGUCAUCAUUGAUGAGGCUAGUCAGGCGCUGGAGGCUCAGUGCUGGGUUCCGCUGUUGUCUGCGAAGAAAGCAGUCUGCGCAGGCGACCACUUACAAUUACCGCCGACGAUAAAGUCGCUCAAUUCAAAGACGGCUGUGAAGUCUAAAAACGACGAAUUACCUGUCAUAAAGGGCAUGACGCUUGAGACUACCCUGUUUGAUCGGUUGUUAGCGCUCCACGGCCCGAGUAUCAAGAAAAUGCUUACUACGCAGUACCGAAUGCAUGAGAAGAUCAUGCGAUUUCCCUCGGAUGAGCUUUACGAGUCGAAGCUUGUUGCUGCUGAUGCAGUGAAGGCUCGACUUCUGAAAGAGUUGGACUACGAGGUUCACGACAAUGAAGAUACCAACGAGCCUGUUGUUUUCAUUGAUACGCAAGGUGGCGACUUUCCAGAGAAGAAUGAGGAGGAUGAUAAGGAUAACCCGAAGAAAGGCAAGGGAAGUUUACACAGUGAGAGCAAGAGCAAUGAAAUGGAAGCGGCAUUAGUGCAGCAACAUGCUGGGCAAUUGGUUGAUGCGGGUGUUCGUCCGGAGGACAUUGCUGUGGUCACUCCAUAUAAUGCACAGCUGGGUGUCCUGGCCCCCUUGAAGGAGAGGUUCCCCGGUAUCGAACUCGGCAGCGUGGAUGGUUUCCAGGGCCGAGAGAAGGAAGCCGUCAUUGUUAGUCUCGUGCGAAGCAAUCCCGAUGGCGAGGUAGGGUUCCUGGGUGAAAAGAGACGGCUAAAUGUGGCCAUGACUCGACCUAAGCGAUCACUUACUGUUAUCGGCGACUCGGAAACCGUAAAGAGGGGAAGCAACUUCCUCAAGAAGUGGAUGGAGUUUCUUGAAGAGAAUGCCGAUCUUCGCUACCCGGACGUGUCAUCCGUUGGCAACUGA